CAAAACCAAACCCACGAGACCACGAUGUUCCACGCUAAACAAGAGUAAACAUAGCUUAGGUUAGAAUUAUUCUUCUCAACUUUAUAUAUUUUGUUGGCACCAUUAUUCUCCCAAAACUUUAGUUCCCGAAUUCAUAAAGGAUUACCCUUAUGUAAAAAUUACCCCACAUAAAAGGGUGGACCAUCAAUGAUUCUCGUCCAUCUCCAAUCUCCAAUCUCCAAUCUCCAUUAGUACUCCACUCCACAACCAAGAAAUAAGGGCAUAUAGUCCUAUUAGGACUCCUCCCACAAGCCAGGCUGAGCAAAAGCAACAGCCAUCAGCAGCCUCUAACGCGUGUCUUUUUCUUCCUCUCUCUCCUCUCCGACAUAAAACAGAAAACACAACGAAACUUACUUACCAUACCCAUUGUCGGUCCAACCCCAGAUCCACAUAAACUUCUUAUUCCUCCAUUAAUCGACUCUACAGAUCUCUUUCUCUCUCCUCCAAAACUGUUACUUACUCAUUGCACUUUCAUACUAAUCCUCCAUUAACUAACAGAUAAUGGAUGUUAGGAAGCGAAAACGGUUACUUAAAACUCCAUUAUCUUUAACACAGUAUUUCUCAGCUAGAUAUCUCAUGCUAUGUUUCUGUUGCUUUCUUUUCUUAAUCUUCAUAUCCAGAGGUUUCAAUUUCGGAUCGGGGUCUUUUCGCCCCGCUCCGAUUGUCCCGAAAAUCUCAAUUUUAGCUACUUCAAUCAGCAAUUCAGUUGAGGAUCUUUCUACCCACCAGAAAGUUGAGAGUGGGGCAAGUAUUAGUCAUAGUAAUAGCAGUAAUAAUAAUAAUAGCAACAAUAGUACUGGUGAUGGUGAUGGUGAUGGUGAUGGCGAUGGCUCUUUGACGGGGUACAGCAUAGAGAGCAGAGUAUUGUUCAAUGAUCAUGUGUUGAUGAUUCUAUCAGCCAACAGCAAGUCCCCACAUCUGCAACUUGCAGAGAGAAUUGACUGUCUUUACCACAGAGAAUUGGGUGGUAAUAGUUCUGUGGAGGGUGGGGAGGAGAGAGAAGAAACCGUCUCCUAUCCGAUAUUGUCUUCGGAUGAUUAUGGGAUUGGACGGUGGAUAGUUCGGUGCCCAAUGCCACCAGCGAAUUAUUCGGCAGUGGUGGGGUUGCAGAUGCGACAAGAAGACACGGGAGGAAAUGAGUGGGCGGUGGGGAAGGAAGAGAAUCAGAGAGUUCAAUUAUGGGAUAUGGUGGCAUAUGAGGCGGCGUUUGAUGGGGAAGAUAUAGCUGUUGUUUUUGUGAAGGGUUUGCAGCUCAAGUCAGACAGAGAAUCAGACCCACAUCCAUUUAGGUGUCAAUUUAGGAAGAAGGGUGAGGAUUAUGCACUUACCACAAAAGCAAUCACAGCAGCACAGGAGGUGAUCAGGUGCCCUUUGCCUCCUGAACUGAAGGCAAAUCCAUGGAAUGAUGAGGAAGUCCGAAUUACAGUUGAGAUGACUACCAAAGUACCUGGAAGGUCCCAUUUGACAGGUAUCCCACGCCAACUAGUACCAUCAAUAGCAAAAUUGUAUAAGAGUAAUAACAAGAAUAACAGAAAAAGUAGUAGUCAUAAAUAUAAGCUGUGUGCUUGUACUAUGGUUUGGAAUCAAGCUGCAUUUAUUAGGGAGUGGGUAAUGUACCAUGCUUGGCUUGGGGUUGAAAGGUGGUUUGUUUAUGAUAAUAAUAGUGAUGAUGGAUUAAAGGAGGUGAUCGAUGGGCUUAAUGAAGAGAAUUAUAACGUGACUAAGCACGCUUGGCCGUGGGUUAAGUCUCAGGAGGCAGGGUUCUCACACUGUGUGUUAAGGGCGAGGGAUCAGUGUAAAUGGGUUGCAUUCUUUGAUGUUGAUGAGUUCUUUAACUUCCCACCUCCGAAACCCAGGCAAAACUCAAGCAUCAUUUAUCGGGGACCAAACGCACUUCAGGCUGUUGUGGGGAAUGUUUCCUCGCGAUCAGUGGGUGAACUUCGAACAGACUGUCAUAACUUUGGACCUUCAGGGCUGAAGAAAAGCCCAAAGGAGGGAUUGAUAUUAGGGUAUACCUGCCGGCUUAAGAGCACUGAGAGACACAAGUCGAUAGUAAGGCCUGAUGCUGUUGAUGAUAGUCUCCUAAAUCAAGUUCAUCAUUUUAAGCUGAAAAAGGAGUUCAGACGGGUGAAUUUUCGUCGGGCUGUGAUUAACCACUACAAGUACCAAGUUUGGGAUAAUUUUAAAGCAAAAUUCUACAGACGGGUUUCCACAUAUGUUGCCGAUUGGCAAGAAAAUCAGAAUGAAAAUUCUAGAGAUAGAGCACCUGGGUUGGGGACAGAAGCCAUCGAACCACCCAAUUGGCACCUGAGAUUCUGUGAGGUUUGGGAUACCAGGUUAAGGGACUUUGUUAUGACAAACCUGGCUGAUCAUAAUACAGGGUUGCUUCCAUGGCAGAGGUCUGCUUAAUGAUCAAGAUUGAGGUAUCUGCAGCUCAUCAACACUUGUAAAACAUGAAACCACAAAUUUUUUCCCCCUUUUAUUAAAACUAUUUCUUGUGCAUCUUUUGUAGAAAAGCCACAUAUUAGCUACAAUUUUUACCUAGGUGAAUUAGAGAGACAAACAAAUACCUCUCUUUUUCUUUUUCUCAAGGUUUUUUUUUUCUUCCUCACCUGCUCAUGUAUGUACUCAAAUUUACUGGAUUCAUUUGUUAUACAAUGCAAAGCCUUUUGAGUCCUAGAGAAUGAUUCAUUUAUCUUCUGAA